AAGUAAACCAAUUUCUCAUCUUUUUAGUGGGGAAGCGAACUAGCAGCAGAUCUAGAUCCAACCCACCAUUACUUCCGAAGCUUACUUCUUCUUCUUCUUCCCAGGGAUACAAUUAUGUCGAGAAGACCCACUCGACGUAGUGGCGAUGAAGGAAGUAUUCCAUUUAUCGGUUCUAUGCAAUCUAAAACGCGUUCUCCUUUACUAUCGAUCGGCAUCAUGGUUGUGGGCGCAAUCUUUGUAUUAGGAUACAUGUUUGGAAGCUUCGGUGGAUCUAACAGAAGUAUUGUCAGCAACAUUGAAAGUGGAGUCUCGUCGUGUACGGCUGAGAUACAACUAGCAUUUCCUUAUCUAAAGAAAGCAUAUGGUGACAGCAUCCACAAAGUGUUGCACGUAGGUCCCGAUACUUGUUCUGUUGUUUCCUUGUUAUUGAAAGAAGAUGACACAGAAGCUUGGGGUAUAGAACCUUAUGAGCUGCAGGAAGAUAUCGAUAACAACUGCAAAACUCUUGUACAAAAUGGACUUGUGCGUGUAGCUGAUAUCAAGUUUCCUCUUCCAUAUCGUGCAAAAUCGUUUUCUCUUGUAAUAGUAUCUGAUGCUUUAGAUUAUCUUUCGCCAAAGUAUCUCAACAAGACUCUGCCAGAGUUGGCAAGAGUUUCGGCUGAUGGCAUUGUUAUUCUUUCUGGUUAUCCGGGCCAUCAGAGAGCUAAAGUAGCCGAGCUAUCCAAAUUUGGUCGUCCUCCGAAAAUGCGAAGCUCAUCAUGGUGGAUAAGGUAUUUUAUGCAGACAGGACUAGAAGAGAAUGAGUUUGCUGUUAAGAAAUUUGAACAAGCUGCAACCAAGAGUUCAUAUAAACCAGCUUGUCAAAUUUUCCAUUUCAAGUCUCACCAUUAAUCCUUUUGCGGGUAAGAACAAAUUUACAGAAAUUCCAAACAAGCCUAAGUUAAAGCAUAUAUUGUAAUUUUAUUAUUCAACUAUCAUUUUGAACUAUUGGCCUUAGUGAAAAUGUGUAAUUCUUAACAGGACAUUGUGAAAUUUCUGCAAUUGUAUUAUUGUUCCAUUUGGAAUUUUGGGUGUUAUAAAGGUCAAUUUGUUAUCAAA